UAAAAAAAAGAAGAAAACAGAGGAGACACCAGGGGGACGAAAAAACGAACCAGGGGAGAAACACAAACGAACCAGGGGAGAAAAACAAACACAGACGAAGAAAAAGAAAAAGAAAAGACUGAGAGAGAGGAGACUGGUGACCGAAAAACGGGAGGAGAGGGACGAAAACCAGUUUUCAUCCCCAGAAACUAAGCAAAAAAAAAGAAAAGGUUGGCCACUGUCUUAGCCAUUUCCAACACAGGCGAAAGAAUAUACAGAAGAGAGAGAAAGAGCAGGAGAUAAGAGGAUCGGAAACAGAGGGUGAAGGGAACAAAAUCGGAGGAAGAAGGCAACGACCCGAAAUCCUCCAUCGCGUCUCUGCUUCUCUGCGCACAGUAUCUGCAGCAAUCAACCUGAUGUAAAGAACAUAGUGGCAUGUUAAAGUGGGCAUGAUCCCUGCAUAUCAGUCAUGUUUGCCGACCAGCUCUCACUCCCCAGAUUGAGUUGAGUGACUUGAUGAUAUCGUAUGCAUUUCAGCUUCUCUUCUCACCUUGCAAGAAGUCAUCUGUCAACAUGUUGGUUGGAGAAACAGAACAAAUUUAAAUCCUUACUAAGAGUGAAAUGGGGAUCGAUAAUUUAUUAUGAAAGCAUACAUCAGAAUUUUCUGUUCUCACACUCGCUCACAGGGGCAAGCCAUGGCCCUUGCCACAAACUGUUAGGAAGUGGCCUGCUUCUUGCUGAAUUUAGUUGAAUUGUUGUCUGGAGGUGGCUUAUAAAUUGACUGGGAUGUCAGUUUCACAAUUGUGCAUCUCUCUAUAGAACAUGGAUCCUUCUCCUCAAUUAAUUGCGAUUGCUUUGUUUUUUUCAUGCAUACUUCUCUACAAUGCACUGAUUAAAAAAAACAGUAUUAAAGGUAACCAAAUUAAAGAGGCUCCUGAACCAGCUGGAGCAUGGCCAAUUAUUGGCCAUCUACAUCUGUUAGGUGGGGGUGAUCAGCUUCUAUACCGAACUCUUGGAGCAAUGGCUGAUAAGCAUGGUUCAGCGUUCACUAUCCGUCUCGGCAGUCGCCGGGCUUUUGUGGUGAGUAGUUGGGAGGUAGUGAAGGAAUGCUUCACAAUUAAUGACAAGGCGCUAGCUUCACGUCCGACUACAGUUGCAGCAAAGCAUAUGGGCUACAACUAUGCUGUUUUUGGAUUUGCUCCAUACAGCUCUUUCUGGCGUGAGAUGAGAAAGAUCGCAACUCUUGAACUUCUUUCUAACCGACGGCUUGAGAUGCUUAAGCAUGUUCGAGCUUCUGAAGUUGACAUAGGGAUAAGGGAACUAUACAAUUCGUGGGCUAACAAUAGCUCCAGUCCGGUGGUUGUUGAACUUAAACAAUGGCUAGAAGACUUGACACUUAAUGUGGUCGUCAGAAUGGUGGCUGGAAAGCGUUAUUUUGGUUCUGCUGCCGCCUCUGAUGAUGGAGAGGCAAGACGGUGCCAGAAGGCGAUUAAUCAGUUCUUUCGUCUGAUUGGUAUUUUUGUGGUUUCAGAUGCACUUCCAUUUCUUGGGUGGUUAGAUUUGCAGGGACAUGAAAGGGCAAUGAAGAAUACAGCCAAAGAGUUGGAUGCUAUUCUCGAAGGCUGGCUGGAUGAACAUCGCCAAAGGAGAGUUUCUGCUGGAAUCAAGGAUGAGGGUGAGCAGGACUUCAUCGAUGUGAUGUUGUCACUUAAGGAGGAAGGCCAACUGUCGAAUUUUCAGUAUGAUGCAAAUACCAGCAUCAAGUCUACCUGCCUAGCUCUUAUCCUUGGUGGUAGUGACACCACAGCAGGCACACUAACCUGGGCCAUCUCAUUACUUCUGAACAAUCGCCACAUGUUGAAGAAGGCACAAGAAGAGCUAGACCUCCAUGUUGGCAAGGAGCGGCAAGUUGAAGAUUCAGAUGUUAAGAAUCUUGUUUAUCUACAAGCAAUCAUCAAAGAAACCCUCCGACUAUAUCCAGCUGGUCCCUUGUUAGGACCCCGAGAAGCAAUGGAGGAUUGCAAAGUUGCUGGUUACCAUGUCCCUGCUGGCACCCGCUUGAUAGUAAAUGUAUGGAAGAUUCAAAGGGAUCCGAGAGUUUGGACAAAUCCAUCUGCAUUCCUGCCAGAGAGGUUUCUCACUAGCCAUGGAGAUGUUGAUGUUAGAGGCCAGCAAUUUGAACUUAUUCCUUUUGGUUCUGGUAGGAGGUCCUGUCCAGGUGUGUCGUUUGCACUCCAAGUCCUUCACCUGACACUUGCCCGUCUUCUUCACUCUUUUGAAUUGGCUACCCCAAUGGACCAGCCUGUUGACUUGACUGAAAGUUCAGGUCUAACCAUUCCAAAAGCUACCCCAUUAGAGGUUAUUCUUACCCCACGCUUACCUCCCAAGCUCUAUGGCUAUUGAACCGAGCACUGAAGGAAGGUUGGAUGUGCCAUUUAAAUUUUAAGGAAACAAAGGAGUUUUUGGAUCAGGUAGUUAAUAAUUGUUUCUACUUUGUUAUUGCCUGUUGCAUCGUGUGGAAACUUAUCUUGAUCGAUCAGUUUGUAACGUCCAUUUAUAUUUCAAGCACUGCUCUAGUCUCUGCUGUCCGAA